CCCCCCCCCCAUUUUGUGGCCCCACUUUUCUCUAGGGAAUCAUAGUUUAAUCUGCACAACCUGUGCUUUCACACAAGUAACUGCUUUUUGGACUGAAAACCAGAAUAUUUUGUAAGAUAUUCUCUAUAUAUUUAAAUGUAAAAAAGUCUCAAAAGUACAUGAACUAUAUUUUAUUUUGUUCACAUAUGUUUUUAUAUUAUAAAAGAAUUAAAAGGGGCACUGUUGUCAGUGUUGAAAACAAAUAAUAAAAAUAACUAGAGCAAAGCUCGUUGAAAAGCAACGAGUGGGUCUUCUGUUAAUGUCGAAAGUAAAGCUAGGAGCGUUUUCUCGUCGUGCUCGUCCCCGGGAUACAAAACUCGAGAUGCGCACGCAGAGUUAGACGGGAAUGACUUUCCUUGACUACUGAGACUCUCCAAAAUGGAGGAAGUUAUCAAAGCACAGUUGAACGAAGACUUAUUUAUUGAGGAUGAAACAGACAUUUUUAUUUUCAUUGCGAUGGAGCAGACAUGGAUCAUGCAAAUUAUCUUAAACCUAGAGCGGCGUCGUUAUAAUCCAAGACUCGAAGGCUUUUCAGAAAACAUUGUGCCACAGUUUGAUAGCAAGCAAUUUCUCAGACAUUUCAGAGUGAACCCAGAAAUUUUUUAUUUGAUCAUGAACUCGAUUGUACAUUCUCUCACAGAUGAUAAUGCAUGGCCCGGUGGUGUAGAGCCUAUCCUGCCCGAGAAAAAACUUUUGGUAUUUCUGUGGUAUAUGGCAAAUCAGGAAACGUUACGAGAAGUUAGCAAUACAUUUGCAAUCGGCACAACGACAGUUCAUGAAAUUAUAAUGGCUGUGUCAGAAACAGUAAACGAAAACUUGGUUAACGUGAUAAACUGGCCAGAUGCAAACACACAACAAGCCAUAUCAAGACAAUUUCAACUCCAGUCUGGAUUACCUGGUAUUAUUGGCUGUUUAGAUGGAACCCAUAUUCGGUUAUCUUCAGCUCCUGGUGGUGACAAAGAUUAUUUUAACCGAAAAAACUUCCCUUCAAUCCAGCUACAGGUUGUUGCAGACUGUGACAUGUUGAUAAGAGAUGCUUACACAGGUUGGCCUGGGUGCACACACGAUGCACGUGUUCUCAGAAAUUCCUCUUUGUUUGACAUAGCCGAAAAUGGACAAUGUGUUAUGCAUGGAAAAUUUAUUAUUGCAGACAGUGCCUAUCCAUUGAGGAAUUGGUUGAUGACACCUUUCCGAGAUAAUGGAAGACUUAAUGCACAGCAACGAAGAUUUAAUCAAAGGCUGUCUGUGGCAAGACAAAUUGUUGAACGGGUGUAUGGACACUUAAAAGGAAGGUUUCGAAGGUUUCGAGAAAUAUCUGUUCGAAAGCUGUCUCGUAUAGUUUCACUGAUUAUUUCAGGAUGCAUUUUGCACAAUUUAUGUGUUUUGCAUCAUGAUGACGUCGAAGCGUUUAUAGACAAUGAUGACGAUAGACAUCCUAAUGCCUACCCUAACAUUUUUGUUGAUGGAAGGGAUGGAGCAUUAUUCAGACAGCAGUUAAUGAAUACAAUGCCAUUGUAAAUACUUUAUUUGAAACAGUUUUUGAAAUGAUUAUGGUUUUCUAGCGUAUGUUGCACACAAAAAUUAUAUUAAAGAUAUUAAAAGAUUUCAGAAGUGUU